AUGGCCGCACAGCAAUCACAGGGUAUCCAGACCCUCCUUGAAGCCGAAAAGGAGGCCGCAAAGAUCGUCCAGAAGGCACGAACUUACCGAACUCAGAAGCUCAAGGAUGCCCGCAGCGAAGCAUCAAAAGAGAUCGAACAGCUCAAAUCCAACAAGGAGAAGGAAUUCAACGAUUUCCAGAAGGAGCACGAAGGAUCGACCUCCAGCUCGCAGACCACCGUAGACAAGGAAACCGAGCAAAAGCUUGAGGAGCUCAACAAGGCGUUCGAUGCUAACCGCGACCAGGUUAUCGCCAAGCUGCUCGACCGAGUUGUUGAUGUCAAGACGGAGCUGCACAGAAAUCUUCAGCUUCAGCAGCAGAAGGCUUGA